GCUGCGCUCGCCCAGCUGUUUCCCGCCUUGAGCAGACACGCGCAGGGCCAGAGCCGGAGACGCACCGCGGGACCGGCGGACGCGUGCUCGCCCACCGCCCGCCCGCCCCCCGUGCUCGCCGCCGCCGCCCCGCGCCGGCCCCGAUCCCGGCCGGGCAUGGAGUACUUCGUGGUGCCCGCGCAGAAGGUGCCCCCGCUGCAGCACUUCAGGAAGACCGAGAAGGAGGUGAUCGGCGGGCUGUGCAGCUUGGCCAACAUCCCCCUGACCCCAGAGACGCAGAGGGACCAGGAGCGACGGAUACGCAGGGAGAUCGCUAACAGCAACGAGCGACGGCGUAUGCAGAGUAUCAAUGCGGGGUUUCAGUCCCUGAAAACUCUCAUCCCACACACGGACGGGGAGAAGCUCAGCAAGGCAGCGAUCCUUCAGCAGACGGCGGAGUACAUAUUUUCUCUGGAGCAGGAGAAGACGCGGCUGCUGCAGCAGAACGCUCAGCUCAAGCGCUUCAUCCAGGAGUUCAGUGGAUCCUCCCCAAAGCGGCGGCGAGCAGAGGACAAGGAUGAAGGCAUUGGGUCGCCGGACAUCUGGGAGGACGAGAAGGCCGAGGACCUGCGCCGGGAGAUGAUCGAGCUCCGGCAGCAGCUGGACAAGGAACGCUCGGUCCGAAUGAUGCUGGAAGAGCAGGUACGCUCUUUGGAGGCCCACUUGUACCCGGAGAAGCUGAAGGUGAUUGCCCAACAGGUGCAGCUCCAGCAGCAGGAACAGCUCCUGCCUGCGCAUGGCCCCCCGGCACCCACCCAGCACCCAACAGUGAUUGUUCCUGCGCCACCUCCGCCUUCGCACCAUGUCACCGUGGUAACCAUGGGCCCCUCCUCAGUGAUCAACACUAUCUCUACGUCCAGGCAGAACCUGGACACGAUCGUUCAGGCAAUCCAGCACAUUGAGGGGACUCAGGAAAAGCAGCUGCUGGAGGAGGAAGAGCAGCGCCGGGGUGCAGUCAUUGUGACCCCUGCCCGGAACAGCCUGGACCCCUCGAACUCGGACACGGCCUCUGACCUGGAGGCGGAAGACGACGAUUCCAUGGAACACAGCAAGGCCAGGAUGCCCUGACCUCUGCCUGGCAGCGGGAGG